CAGACCGCGUUGGCUUCCUUGACUGGCCGGAAGGCGUCUCUGCCAUCACCGAGAAGCGUCUGAGGGACAUCCAAAGUGUCAGCCGGGGGAAAGGAGAGAGAAGCUCUUACAUACAAACCGUGAGGAACGGUGAACCGGAGGAGGCGAGCACGCACUUUGUCUCUCUAGGCAGUACCUCUGCGCCACUUAGCUUCUUUCUUUCCUCAUUGCUCUGUGGGAAAAGGCGAGGCUCCUCCUCUCCUCACACCUGUAGCGCGGGGCCGGCAACCAGUCCAAGCUCAGCCUCACUAGCGCUGCUGGUGUUCCUGUUUCGCUCGGUCGCUCCCUGCGGCUGCGCCUCCUCCCGGACUUGGACAAACAGUACCAGCUACCGCCAGCGCCGCUUCCUCCUCUGCAUCCACUCGGGCCGCGGCCUUGACGUCGUUUCCUUCCAACAUGGCGAGAGCAGCAGGAGGAGGAAGAAGCUGCUGCUGCUGCCGCUAUUGCUGCUACUGUCGCUGCCGACGCUGCUGCUAGUGGAGACUGAGUCGAGCCGACAACUCCGCAACUGAGGGCUCUGCUUUUUAAAGAGAGCCAGUCUCUUCUCCCUUCCCGCGACGAGUAGGGUCCUCAGCCGCUCAGUCCGAACCCACCUUAGUCCUGUUCAAGCCGGGAGUCAAUUCCACGGGAAGCUGCUUCGAUUCCCUGCCAGUGGUAUCUUCCGGACAGCUGUACCUUAAGGCAGUGAGAGUCACCGCGCCGCUCCCUCUCUCCCUUCGUUCUCUCUUUCCCCCCACCCCUUCAUCGCGUCCCCAUGUAUGAAGGGAAGAAGACAAAAAACAUGUUCCUGACCCGGGCCUUGGAGAAGAUCCUGGCUGACAAGGAGGUGAAGAAGGCGCAUCAUUCCCAGCUGCGCAAAGCCUGUGAGGUGGCCCUAGAGGAAAUAAAAGCAGAAACUGGAAAGCAAAGUCCUCCUCAUGGAGAAGCAAAGCCAGGUUCAAGCACUCUUCCACCCGUGAAAUCAAAAACAAGCUUUAUUGAGGCUGACAAGUACUUCUUACCAUUUGAAUUGGCAUGCCAGUCCAAGUGUCCCAGAAUUGUUAGUACAUCGUUGGAUUGUUUGCAGAAACUUAUAGCCUAUGGACAUUUGACUGGCAAUGCUCCAGAUAGUACAGCUCCUGGGAAAAAAUUAAUUGAUAGAAUUAUUGAAACAAUAUGCGGCUGCUUUCAAGGUCCUCAGACAGACGAGGGGGUUCAGCUACAAAUUAUAAAGGCUCUACUCACAGCAGUAACAUCUCAGCACAUAGAGAUUCAUGAAGGGACAGUGCUGCAAGCUGUAAGAACAUGUUACAAUAUCUAUCUUGCAAGCAAAAAUCUCAUAAAUCAAACCACAGCCAAGGCCACUCUCACACAAAUGCUGAAUGUUAUAUUUGCACGUAUGGAAAACCAAGCACUUCAGGAAGCCAAGCAAAUGGAGAAAGAGAGACAUCGGCAGCAGCACCAUCUGCAACAGUCACCUUUAAGCCAUCAUGAGCCUGAAUCACCUCAGCUGAGACAUCUUUCAGAGCAGACUGUGGAUCAGCUCUCACAGGAUCAUGAGGGGGACUUGGACCAUCAUGCAAAUGAUGUGGACAAAAGCCUUCAAGAAGACACAGAAGCAGAAAAUGGGUCUGAUAUUUCUAGUGCGGAAAAUGAACAGACAGAAGCUGACCAGGCAACAGCAGCAGAAACUCUGUCUAAAAAUGAUACACGGCCAUACGAUGGAGAAAGUAAUCAAUGUGAAGAAAGGGCACAGGAUGUUGUACAAAGUAUAGUCCAGGAAAUGGUGAACAUAGUUGUAAGAGAUGUAGGAGAAAGAAUUGUGGAAAAGGGUAUGGUAGAUGGACCAUUGGGGACUUCAGAAGAUGGAAGUGACAGUGAAAACAUCCAGGCAAAUGGAAUUCCAGGGACACCCAUUUCUGUCGUUUAUACACCAUCUUUACCUGAUGACAGGUUAUCAGUCUCUUCCAAUGACACUCAGGAAUCUGGAAACUCUUCAGGACCUACCCCUGGUGCUAAAUUUUCCCACAUUUUGCAAAAGGAUGCCUUCCUAGUAUUCAGGUCACUGUGUAAACUCUCUAUGAAGCCUCUGUCAGAUGGGCCACCUGAUCCAAAGUCUCAUGAAUUGCGCUCAAAGAUCCUUUCACUGCAGUUGCUCCUAUCUAUUCUGCAGAAUGCAGGACCUGUUUUCAGGACAAAUGAAAUGUUUAUUAAUGCUAUUAAGCAGUAUCUUUGUGUUGCACUGUCUAAAAACGGAGUCUCAUCUGUUCCGGAAGUGUUUGAACUUUCACUUUCUAUAUUUCUAACUCUACUUUCAAAUUUUAAGACACACCUGAAAAUGCAGAUUGAGGUUUUCUUCAAGGAGAUUUUUUUGUAUAUCUUAGAAACCUCCACUAGCUCCUUUGAUCAUAAAUGGAUGGUUAUACAAACACUGACAAGGAUAUGCGCAGGUAAUGCCCAGAGUGUAGUGGACAUCUACGUAAACUAUGAUUGUGAUUUAAAUGCUGCAAACAUAUUUGAAAGACUAGUUAACGACCUAUCCAAGAUUGCUCAAGGAAGGGGCAGCCAAGAACUUGGCACGACCAACAUUCAGGAGCUAAGUUUGAGAAAGAAGGGUCUUGAAUGCUUAGUAUCUAUCUUGAAGUGCAUGGUGGAAUGGAGUAAGGAUCAAUAUGUAAAUCCCAACUCUCAAACAACUCUAGGACAAGAAAAACCCACCGAGCAAGACAGCACUGAAACAAAACACCCCGAAACAAUUAACCGAUAUGGCAGCUUAAAUUCUCUAGACUCCACAGCCUCAUCAGGAAUUGGUAGCUACAGCACACAGAUGUCUGGUACCGACAAUCCAGAGCAGUUUGAAGUCCUUAAGCAACAAAAAGAAAUAAUAGAACAAGGAAUAGAUUUGUUUAAUAAGAAACCAAAGAGAGGAAUUCAGUACCUCCAAGAACAAGGUAUGCUUGGUACUACUCCUGAAGAUAUUGCCCAGUUCUUGCAUCAAGAAGAAAGAUUAGACUCUACUCAAGCUGGGGAGUUCCUAGGAGACAAUGAUAAAUUUAAUAAGGAAGUUAUGUACGCAUAUGUGGACCAACAUGACUUUUCAGCAAAGGAUUUUGUUUCUGCUCUGCGCAUGUUUUUAGAAGGAUUCCGUCUUCCAGGAGAGGCUCAGAAAAUUGAUAGAUUAAUGGAGAAAUUUGCUGCUAGAUACUUAGAGUGCAACCAAGGGCAAACUCUCUUUGCUAGUGCAGACACUGCAUAUGUCUUGGCUUAUUCAAUUAUCAUGUUGACUACAGAUCUCCAUAGCCCACAGGUAAAGAAUAAAAUGACAAAAGAACAAUACAUUAAGAUGAAUAGAGGUAUCAAUGAUAGUAAAGAUCUCCCUGAAGAAUAUCUGUCUGCCAUAUAUAAUGAAAUAGCAGGGAAAAAGAUCUCAAUGAAAGAAACCAAAGAGUUAACAAUACCCACAAAAACAAGUAAACAAAGUGUAGCUAGUGAAAAGCAGAGACGACUUCUUUAUAAUUUAGAAAUGGAACAGAUGGCUAAAACAGCUAAAGCUCUGAUGGAAGCAGUGAGCCAUGUUCAGGCUCCUUUCACAAGUGCAACACACUUGGAGCAUGUAAGACCCAUGUUCAAGUUGGCAUGGACACCAUUCUUAGCUGCAUUCAGUGUAGGUUUACAAGACUGCGAUGACACAGAAGUUGCCUCUCUUUGCCUGGAAGGUAUACGAUGUGCAAUCAGGAUAGCAUGCAUUUUCACCAUCCAGCUUGAAAGGGAUGCUUAUGUCCAAGCACUAGCAAGAUUUACUUUACUUACGGUGAAUUCUGGUAUUACUGAAAUGAAACAGAAGAACAUUGAUACAAUAAAAACCCUUAUUACAGUGGCUCAUACUGAUGGAAAUUACUUGGGAAAUUCCUGGCAUGAGAUUUUGAAAUGCAUCAGUCAGCUUGAACUGGCUCAGUUAAUAGGAACUGGAGUAAAACCACGUUACAUCUCUGGGACUGUGAGAGGACGAGAAGGUUCUUUAACAGGAACAAAGGAUCAGGCACCUGAUGAAUUUGCAAGUCUAGGAAUAGUUGGAGGAAAUAUGGACUGGAAGCAGAUAGCAAGUAUUCAAGAAUCCAUUGGAGAGACUAGUUCACAAAGUGUUGUUGUUGCUGUAGACAGAAUAUUUACAGGAUCUACAAGGCUAGAUGGAAAUGCUAUUGUGGAUUUUGUCCGAUGGCUUUGUGCUGUGUCUAUGGAUGAACUGCUGUCUGCAACUCAUCCUCGGAUGUUUAGCCUGCAGAAGAUAGUGGAGAUUUCUUACUAUAACAUGGGGCGAAUAAGGCUACAAUGGUCUAGAAUCUGGGAAGUUAUUGGAGAUCAUUUCAAUAAGGUUGGCUGUAAUCCCAAUGAAGAUGUAGCUAUUUUCGCAGUAGACUCCUUAAGGCAGCUAUCAAUGAAAUUCUUAGAAAAAGGGGAACUUGCUAAUUUCCGAUUCCAGAAGGACUUCUUAAGACCAUUUGAACAUAUCAUGAAGAGAAACAGAUCUCCAACCAUUCGUGACAUGGUUGUCCGCUGUAUCGCCCAGAUGGUAAAUUCCCAAGCAGCAAACAUCCGCUCAGGAUGGAAGAAUAUUUUUUCAGUUUUUCAUUUGGCUGCAUCUGAUCAAGAUGAAAGUAUAGUAGAACUUGCAUUUCAAACUACAGGUCACAUUGUCACAAUUGUGUUCGAGAAACACUUUCCAGCAACCAUUGAUUCUUUCCAGGAUGCCGUAAAAUGCUUGUCUGAAUUUGCAUGCAAUGCAGCUUUUCCAGAUACAAGUAUGGAAGCAAUUCGCCUUAUUCGUCAUUGCGCAAAAUAUGUAUCAGAAAGGCCUCAGGCUUUCAAAGAAUACACCAGUGACGACAUGAAUGUAGCUCCAGAAGACAGAGUGUGGGUGAGAGGAUGGUUUCCAAUUCUCUUUGAGCUGUCCUGUAUCAUCAAUAGAUGCAAAUUAGAUGUAAGAACCAGAGGCUUAACAGUUAUGUUUGAAAUAAUGAAAACUUAUGGCCAUACUUAUGAAAAGCAUUGGUGGCAGGAUUUGUUUCGGAUUGUCUUCCGGAUAUUUGACAACAUGAAAUUGCCAGAACAACAAACUGAGAAAGCUGAAUGGAUGACAACAACUUGUAAUCAUGCACUUUAUGCAAUAUGUGAUGUAUUUACCCAGUAUUUGGAAGUACUUAGUGAUGUCCUUUUGGAUGAUAUAUUUGCUCAGCUCUACUGGUGUGUUCAGCAAGACAAUGAACAACUAGCACGGUCUGGUACAAACUGUUUAGAGAAUGUUGUAAUUUUAAAUGGUGAAAAGUUUACUCUUGAAAUCUGGGAUAAGACUUGCAACUGCAUGCUGGAUAUCUUCAAAACUACCAUUCCCCACGCGCUUUUAACUUGGAGACCAACCGGGGGAGAUACUGCUCCUCCAUCUCCUGGAAGAGAGAAACAGUUGGAUACAAUAUCUCAGAAAUCUGUAGAUAUCCAUGACUCUGUACAACCAAGAUCUUCAGAUAGACGGCAGUUUCAGUCCAUUGUAGGGCCACCAGCAAAUGAGGAGGUCAGCAAAAACAAAGCUACUACAAAAUUUCCAGAUCAGAAACUGUUUGGUGCUCUGUUGAUCAAAUGUGUUGUGCAACUGGAACUCAUUCAAACAAUCGACAAUAUUGUGUUCUUCCCAGCAACCAGCAAAAAAGAAGAUGCUGAGAAUCUUGCUGCAGCACAGAGGGAUGCAGUAGACUUUAAUGUUCACGUGGAUACACAAGAUCAAGGAAUGUAUCGUUUUUUAACAUCACAACAGCUUUUCAAGCUCCUGGACUGUUUGUUGGAAUCUCACAAAUUUGCUAAAGCUUUUAAUUCAAACAAUGAGCAAAGAACUGCUCUGUGGAAAGCAGGUUUCAAAGGAAAAUCUAAGCCCAAUCUGUUGAAACAGGAGACAAGUAGUCUUGCCUGCGGGUUACGCAUUCUGUUCCGUAUGUACAUGGAUGAAAGUCGCAAAGAUGCAUGGGAGGAAGUGCAGCGGCGACUACUAAAUACACGGCCAUGGAUGGGGCAGAAUGUACGGACCCGAACAGGCUCAGUACACGGCACACGGAUGGGGCAGAAUGCACUGGCAGAUGGUGUCUGCAGUGAAGCUCUCAGUUACUUCCUUACAUUGACAUCAGAAAGUCAUAGAGAAGCUUGGACUAGCCUGUUGCUUUUAUUCUUAACAAAGGUCCUAAAAAUAAGUGAUGAUCGGUUCAAAGCUCAUGCAUCAUUCUAUUAUCCUCUCUUGUGUGAAAUAAUGCAGUUUGAUCUGAUUCCUGAGCUUCGAGCUGUCUUACGAAGGUUUUUUCUGCGGAUUGGGAUAGUCUUUCAAAUAUCUCAGCCAUCAGAUCAAGAAGUGGGAACAGCCAAGCAGUAGAAGUCUGGCUAAAGAAACAAAGGACCAAGAUAACUUGCACUGAAUGUUCAUAAAAAGGUUUUAUCUUUAUAUGGCAGUGUGCGUCUACGGGUUCACAAUACAGAUUUAAACUGUAAUUUAGGCUUGCAACACUCUAGUUCUCCAGUGGAUUCUCUCUCCCUCUUCCUGCACUGGUUUGUGUUGACCAUAGAGCCAGUUUUAACAGUCUUAUUGCCAGCCUGGGCUGUAAUCCCUCUUACUUUCCUAAACAGAGAUAUAUAUCAAAAGAUGUUUAUGAUGGCUGUGAAUUUAAGAUGUACCCAAAGAACUAACACAUUUAAGAAGUUUGAACUUCUACAGAAGUACUACUCAGGAGGGCUGCAUUUUGAAAAAGAAAGGUUUGUAGGAAAAGAAAUGAAAAUAUUGCUUAUGUAAGAGAUCUAGCAACUAUGUGGAAUUCUUGUUCUAGAGGGUGUUUUUUUUUUUUUUUUUUGCACACUCAGGCUAACUGAGAUAUAGGUAAUGAUCCUUCUGUGAAAAAUGUACAGAGAUGCAGGUCUGUAAUAUAAAGUUCUAAAUACUAUAUAGUUUUUUCCUGCAUUCUUUUAUUUCUUGUAUUAUUUCCUAGAGACCUGUAAGUUGGUUUACCAAAUGCACUAGUAUGGGGUUGAGUUAUUUUUUUUAUCUGUAUCCCAAAACAUAGUCUUGCUGACUUUUGUCAAGAGAACAGAUUGAAAAAUGUCACAACUGACUUUAUCUGUUUGUAAUAUACCUGUGAUAGGGCUUUUAAAUAUAAUAAGCCAUCGCAAUGAUCUUUCAGGACUGGAACUUGAAUCACUGCAAAUAAGUUUAGGUUUUGUCCACUGUCACUUUUUUUGGGUUGUUUGAUGUAGAUUUCACUAUGUACAGAAUUUAAUGUUGAAUAUAUUCAAGUAACAAAUCUGGCAUGGUUUGAGGAUGGUUUUAAAUUUAUUGGAAAUGUAUUCAUACUGUGAAUUGUGCUCUGAUGGUUAAAGAAAGAUUGUCAAGCAUUCUGUCUUACAAUGGAUGUAGAAAAAAUUUUCAGAUGGAAAAAUGUAUAUGGUACAGCUCUGUAAAGUUUUCUAUGUAAAUUCUGUACAACUUUCUGUACAAUAUUGGUUCCCAUCCGGCAUAUUCUAAUCAGGUUAUAGGUCAAUAAAGUUUUUGAAUUCUU